AUGCGCACUCAACUUUUUGUGGGGUCGCUGGCCUCGACAGUCACUUCGCUUUCUCUGAAAGAUCUCUGCACCACUUCCUACGCUGCGUCCAAGCUACCUGCAGCCGGCACGUACCUAGGAAUCACAAUCGACCCAGCGUCUGUCAUUACCACCCUCACCUCAAACUACACCCUCAGCAACCAAGUCUUCUACCCCGACGCCAACGUCGCCUACUGCAACAUCACGUUCUCGUACACCCAUGAUGGCCGUAACGAUCUUGUCAACGUCGCAUACUUCGCUCCUGACCCGUCCGCCUUCAAUAACCGCUUCCUCGCCACGGGCGGAGGAGGUCUAGCCAUCAACUCCGGAGCCACGUCGGUGACUGGAGGCGUCAGCAUUGGCGCUGUUGGCGGACUAACAGAUGGCGGAUUCGGCAGCUUCACUACCCAGGAGGAUGUCCACUUCCUUCUAGCCAAUGGAACUGUCAACUGGGAGAAUGCUUAUAUGUUUGGCUACCAGGCCAUCCACGAGAUGACAGUGCUCGGCAAGCAGUUCACCAAAAACCUCAUGGCCAUGCAGAACACCACAAAGCUCUACGCCUACUACCAAGGCUGCUCUGAAGGCGGUCGCGAGGGCUGGAGUCAAAUCCAACGCUUCGAAGAGCUCGAUGGCGCAAGUGUAAGCGCUCCCGCAUUCCGCUACGCACACCAGCAAAUCCAGCAUCUCUACAGCAACGUCGUAGAAAAGACACUGGACUACUUCCCCCCACCCUGCGAACUCGACGCCAUCGCAAAUGCCACGAUCAAAUUCUGCGAUCCUCUGGACGGCAAAACCGACGGUGUCGUUGCACGCUCAGACCUCUGCAAACUGCACUUCAACGUCACCUCCACGAUCGGCCUCCCUUACUACUGCCCCGCAAAGGUAGGAGGCGGAAACCCUUUCGGCUCAGGCAGCGGCCAACCUAUACCUGCGCAAAACGGCACAGUGUCGGCCAAAGCGACAGUAGUCGCGCAAACCAUCAUUGACGGGCUUCACGACUCGCAAGGUCGACAGGCAUACUUCUCCUACCAGCCGGCCGCGACCUUCGCCGACGCGCAAACAAAGUAUAACAACGCGACUGGCGAGUGGGAACUCAGUAUCUCUGGCUUGGGCGGCGAGUUCGUAACGCGGUAUAUCUGGCUGCAGAAUACAUCCACGCUGGCUAGUCUCGACGGCGUGACGUACAACACGCUGAAGGAGUGGAUGUACGAUCUCUGGCAAACGUACGAAGACUCCCUUCAAACAACCUCGCCAGAUCUGUCGCGCUUCGAAGCAAGCGGCGGCAAGAUUCUGCACAUUCAUGGCGAGAGCGACAACAGCAUUCCUGCAGCCAGUUCCGUACAUUAUUGGGAGUCUGUCAGAUCGAUCAUGUACCCGGAGCUGAGUUACAACAAGUCGACCGCUAAGUUGCAAGACUUUUAUCGCUUCUUCUUGGUACCUGGGGCUGCGCAUUGUAGUCCGAAUAGUUAUCAGCAGAAUGGCGGGUGGCCGCAGACGGUUAUGACGCAGCUCAUUGACUGGGUUGAGAACGAGAAGGCGCCGGGUACUCUCAACGCGACUGUGCUAUUGGGAGCGAAUAAGGGCCAGAACCAGCAAAUUUGUUUGUGGCCGCUGAGACCAGUCUAUGGCAACGACUCGACUGUACCGGAGUGUGUGUAUGAUCAGGAGAGUAUCAACUCGUGGCAUUACGAUCUAAAUGCAUUCAAAAUGCCUGUGUACUAGAUGUGGAGUGAGUGUAUAAUUCAGAGUUAGUGUAUAGUUCAGAGCUAGUGUAUAGGUCUGAUACUGACGUCGAGCUGGUUGAGCGCCUUCAUAGGCGUGACGCGAAGGCGUCGUUUGGCUCGUAUCGUAUUCAUCGUCCUGUACGUGCAAUCUCA